GAAGAAGAAGAAGAAGAAGAAGAAGAAGAAGAAGUAGUAUCUGUUUGGAAUAAUGGUUUAAAACCAGUGAAUAACUGUCCAACGUCACCGCAGUAUGCGAAACUGAUGCGAACGCAUCUCGAGGAUAUGGUGUGGGCGUCACUUGUGUUCGUGCUCGUCGCUGUGUUCUCGGGCCCAGGCUCCUGUUGUGAUACACAGGAGUAUCGAACCCAGGCUGGAGAGUGCUGCCCAAUGUGCCACGAAGGCACCUUCGUUCAGAGUGACUGCACACCGAUGUCAGGCACACGCUGCAGACCCUGUGACAAUGGGUCUUAUAUGAGUCAACCCAAUGGUCUCAAGAAGUGUUUUUCCUGCUCUUCCUGUGUAGCAGAUAAUGGUCUCUUUGUCUGGCAGAGGUGUACAAACAAAACUGACACAGUUUGUGAUGUGUUAAAUGGAUUCUUCUGCAAAAGUCUGGCUGAAGAUACAGGAUGCAGUUUGGCAGAGAAGCACACACGCUGUACUGCUGGUCAGAGAAUAAAAGAACCUGGAACCGACAAAACUGAUACAGUGUGUGAAGACUGUCUAAUGGGAUUUUUUUCACAUGAUGGUGUGAAGUGUACACCUUGGACAAUUUGUUCAGAAACCCAAGUUCAGGUCGAAGAUGGCAGUCCACGUGCUGAUGUCAGUUGCUCAAGUGCAUCAACAAAUACUUCUGAGAAUUUUGUUUUUUUUGUUUGGCUUUGUUACAUUUGUUUUUGCGUGUGACCACAAUAAACCCUUUUUUCUUCCCUAAUAACAUCAACUUACUGUCAUUUACUCUUCAUAAUGGCCCGAUCAAAUAUUCAAUAAUUAAAUGGACUAGUGGCAGAAAGUUGGACUAUGGGCAGAGAAUCCAACGGUGGUCUCUGGUUCGACUCCACGGAGUGACAACACAAAAAACAUACCUGGACGGACAACACCUGGAUCUGUUCCCCUGUGCCUACCCCAGCCCACUGAUGAAGUGCUCUUGAGCAAGGCACCUUAUUCCCCGGGCGCUGUGCAUGGCUGCCCACUGCUCUGUGUGUCCUCCUAUGUACACCAGAUGGGACAAAAGCAGAGAACAAAUUUUCCCCCAUUUGCAAGUCGUAUGUGUGUGGGACCAAUAAAUGUAUCUUAUCUUAACACAUUCCACUAACUAUUAUAUUUUCCCACUAUUUGUGAAUCUUUUUGUAUCCCUUACACCAGCUGAUGAUUAUGAGUUAUGCUACCUGCCAUCUGAUAAGAAAUAAGCUGAGUAAUUGCAUUUUUUAUUUUAAAGAUGUAUUUUAGUCAUCAGUACCUAUUGAUGGUUUUGAGAGUAAACAAACUUAAAAAAAAAAGUGGUAAAUUUAUCAGAAAUAGGACACUUGAUAUUAAUAGACAAAUUCAGUGCAGCAACUGGAAUAGGCUUUUAAUUAAUUAGGGGCCCUUAUGGAUUCGGAAAUCUUUGAUCGCUCUUCUGAAAAGUCUUAGUUUAAUACACUUAAAAAGAAACAUGCCUAAAUCCAGUAAAGAAUAGAAUCAUACAUAUCCAAAUUCAAAAUUAAGAUUUUAAAACAGAUGCAUAUUAACUGGAAUCUUUCAAACAUUGAAUUAACAUGCUCUGGAUGUGUGAUCCCUUUGAUCACUACUGUUGUACAGUAAAUAAUGAUGUCAGCAAUGAAACUAAGCAAUUGUGAUUCCUUUAAAGUAUCCAGCUUUUAUUUGUUAUAAAGGUGAAAAAAACAAUAAAAUAUUGCCUUCACCCUGA